AUGGCGCAGUUUCCCUGCGACUCCAAUGGCGUUUGCAUGGUAUGCAAACGCCAGCCUCUAGAAACAGAAACUCUCCACUGUAUAACAUGCGUAACUCCAUGGCAUUUUACAUGUUUACCCCUCGCUCCCACCACUAUCGCCGAUUGGGAAUGCCCCGAUUGUUCUCAGCCAAAUCUCGCCGCCGAUUCGCUUGCUCCGUGCAUCGCCGGCGAUCUCGUUUCCUCCAUCCGCGCCAUCGAGAACGAUCCGUCGCUCACCGAUGAAGAGAAAGCGAAGAAACGCCAAGAACUCGUCGGCGGAUCUUCUACUGAAAGUGAAUCCAUCAAUAAAAGCUGUAAUGAUUCUCUUGAUAUCUUCGAUGGAAGCCUUAAUUGCUCCGUUUGCAUGCAGUUACUGGAAAGACCUGUCACUACUCCGUGCGGGCACAAUUUUUGUUUAAAGUGUUUUGAGAAAUGUAUUAGGCAAGGAAAGAACACUUGUUCGAAUUGUAGGACUGCGAUUCCGGCGAAGAUGGCGAGUAAUCCGCGGAUUAAUUCACAGUUAGCGAUGGCGAUUCGUAAUGCGAAGCUAGCGAGAUCGGAGGGUGGUGUUGGAGGAAGUGGCGGUUCGAAAGUUUAUCAUGCUGUGAUUAAUGAUGAGCUUCCUGAUACUGCUUUUACUACGGAGAGGGCGAAGAAAACAGGGAAGGCGAAUGCUUGUAGUGGGAAGAUAUUUGUGACGAUUGCGAAAGAUCAUUUUGGGCCGAUUGUUGCUGAGAAUGAUCCAACGAGGAACCGUGGGGUUCUUGUUGGGGAUUCGUGGGAGGAUAGGAUGGAAUGUAGGCAAUGGGGGGCUCAUUUCCCUCAUGUUGCUGGGAUUGCGGGGCAGAGUACUCAUGGUGCUCAGUCUGUUGCUCUUUCGGGUGGUUAUGUUGAUGAUGAAGAUCAUGGUGAGUGGUUUCUUUAUACUGGAAGUGGUGGAAGAGAUCUUAGUGGUAAUAAACGUACCAAUAAAGAUCAGUCUUUUGAUCAGAAGUUUGAGAGUUAUAAUGAGGCUUUGAGAGUCAGUUGUCGAAAAGGUUAUCCUGUUCGUGUUGUUAGGUCCCACAAGGAGAAACGUUCCUCUUAUGCACCGGAAGAAGGAGUGAGAUACGACGGCGUUUAUAGAAUUGAGAAAUGCUGGCGCAAAAUUGGAAUACAAGGUCAUAAGGUUUGCAGGUAUUUGUUUGUGAGGUGUGACAAUGAGCCAGCACCAUGGACAAGUGAUUUAUCCGGAGACCGUCCCCGUUCACUACCUCUAAUUGAGGAGUUUAAGGGUGCAACUGAUAUUACUGAAAGAAAGGGUGAUCCAUCAUGGGACUUUGAUGAGAAAAAGGGCUGCUGGUUGUGGAAGAAGCCCCCACCACUAAGUAAAAAAACAAGCAAAAGGGUGUCCUCCAAAAGCAAGGAUAAGCUGCUGAAAGAUUUUGGUUGCAAUAUAUGUCACAAAGUGCUGUCUUCCCCUCUUACUACUCCUUGUGCUCACAAUUUCUGCAAAGCCUGCCUGGAGGAUGCCUUUUCUGGCCAAAGCUAUAUCAGACAGAGGGCAUCUCAAAGUGGACGCUCUUUGCGGACACGGAAGAACAUUAUGAAAUGCCCUACUUGUUCAGCUGAUAUAGCUGAUUAUCUUCAGAAUCCGCAGGUUAAUAGAGAAAUGAUGGGUGUCAUAGAAUCACUCCAGCGACAGACUGAGCAGCAGAUGGAGGAGAGUUCUGAAGAAUUAAGUGCUAAAAGUGAUGAAAACCUCAUGCUGGAUGAGGAGAUGGAGGUUUCAAAGCCCUGUGAUUCAGGUGAAAAAGUCUUGAAGGAGAUUAAUACAGAUUUGGAUCCUCCAAAGAAGGGGAGGAAAGUUGCCGGUGGCAAGGUUGUGGUGAACUUGGAGGAACAUAUUGACGAUGCAGUAGUAGAAAGCGAAGCAAUGGAUUUUGAUUAA